ACUCAUUGGCCAGGAGCGCCCGGGCUGACACUCCCUCUCUGUACCUCGGAUUUGGGUGCAAAAUAGGAUUUAUGCCACCAGCCUCACCUGGGACUCUUGGAAAGGACGGGGCAGAUGGCUGUGAAAGUGCUGAGUGCUGGAAGGUGACAGACGGUUGAGCUGGUUGGCAUCAGGUCCUCGGACCUUUGAGGGAGGAUGGAAAAGCCAAGUGCUCUCUGGGCCAUGCCAAGGGAGGGAAUUGGCGAAGGCGCCAGGACAGCUGCGGGCAAGCUCUUCUCUCUCCCCUUCGCCUUGCUCUUCCCCAUUCGGGAAUGGAGCAAAAACGUGGAGCCAUUCGGCCCAGGCCUCCCCUCACCUGGGGGUGCCCUCCAGCUACACAACCAGAGCCUAGUCUAGACUUGCCAUGGACCUAGGACAUGCCCUCCCACAUUCUGAGCCUUGGCUCUGUAGACAUGUGCCCACAGUGCCCCCUGUGCGGAACCAUCGAGGGGCUCAGUGAGCAGAUGGGCACGAGCACACGAAGCGUGCACGCAGGCAGGAUGGUGAGGGACGCCGUUCCUUCCUCAACGCUCCUGCCGGUCUGUACCGUCAGCCCUCCGUCUGACCUUCCGUAACCCGGAGCUCCCCCAGCCACCCGUGAACCACUCCCAUACUGACUGGAAUCAGCCUGUAUUCUAGAAUCUUGUCCCCCUCCUAUGUCCUCGUGGUUCUAGCAUCCCACCACAAUUCCAGACCACGCACUCAGGACCCGGAAGGGUCAGCUGCUGCUCCCGAACGGGGCCGGCUUGCUCAGGUGCCGCUGUCGGGCUCGCGUCUAUGCGGCCGCCACGAUGCGGUGGGUGGACCGGCUAGCUGUGCUCUUCUUCCCACAAGGCAUGGUGCUCACCGCCGCUGCCCUGAUGAUCUUCUUUAUACACCUCGGCGUCCUUGCCAGCGACGUGCACAACUUCUACGUGACCCACCGCUACGACCGCAUGAGCUUUCAAUACACGGUGGUCCUGAUGUUCUCCCAGGUGAUCAGCAUCUGCUGGGCCGCCAUGGGAUCACUCUACGCUGAGAUGACAGAUGACAAGUUUCUUCGGUGCUUUGCCCUGACCAUCCUGAUCCUAAACGGAGUCAUGUUCUUCAACCGCCUGUCCCUUGAGUUUCUGGCCAUCCAGUACCGGCAGGAGAACCACUGAGGCCUGAGGACUGGCCUGAGAAGGGGGAAAGAAAAAGCGGCUUCGGUGUUUUAAUAAAGUCUGUCAUUUA